AUGGUGAUAACGGUAGCGAAGAAGGGGUUGAUCGGAGGAAUGAGCUUCGCGAGAGACGCCGGAGCAAUCAAUUGGUUUCCCGGUCAUAUGGCCGCCGCAACUCGCGCCAUCCGCAGCCGACUCAAGCUCACCGAUCUCGUCAUCGAAGUUCGCGAUGCCCGUAUUCCUCUGUCAUCGGCGAACGAGGACUUACAGUCUCAAUUGUCAGCGAAGAGGCGUAUUAUAGCUCUGAAUAAGAAAGAUCUAGCAAACCCGAAUAUCCUCAGUAAAUGGACACGUCAUUUCGAAUCCAAGCAGCAAGACUGUAUCGCCAUUAAUGCACAUAGUAGAAGCUCUGUCAAGAAGCUGCUUGAUCUCGUGGAGUUGAAGCUGAAGGAGGUGAUUGCGAGGGAGCCUACUUUACUUGUGAUGGUGGUUGGUGUCCCAAAUGUUGGAAAAUCUGCACUCAUUAAUUCGGUCAAUCAAAUCGCAGCCACUCGAUUUCCUGUGCAGGAGAAGAGCUUGAAGCUUGAAGCUUGCUCUUUCGGGUUCUUAUGGUUUGAAGCUUGCUCUUUCAGGUUCUUAUCUAUCUCUAUCUCCUUUCUUCUUGAUGCUUAA